UCUCGACCUGCCGCCACCAACUGGGGCGGCCAUGAUACCUACCUACUCAAGAGGCUUAGAGCCUUGUUGAUAGCAAAGAGCAAAAUAUUGCAUCAGCCCAUGCCAAAUUAUCACGAGUUCUCAACUGCAAUGAUCAACUCCGUCUCGGAGCGGCAGCCACCGUUGUGCUUCAAAUUAGCCUAUUCGGCACGGCCACGGAUGGAAGUCCCGAAGUGGCAGCCAAGACCAACAUUCGAUACACUUGUCGAGAGAAACCCGUAGAGGACAGAAAGCAGUGGCCGCAAAAUAGUAAACGUAGCUGUGAACAAAAGCAACCUCCAGAUCCGACUCAUCCCGAACCUCAGGGGCAGAUAUCAACAGACAGCCCCAACACCAAAAUGCACCUCUCCAGAAUCACCCUCUCCCUCGCCCUCCUCCUCCACGCCGCAGCACCAACUCAGGCCUGGGACCACUUGGACCGCUCCCACCCGUCCCGCCGCACGCCCCAGGCCUUCCGCUGGACCCGACCCUUCCUCGACCUCGACCUACACGCCAUCCCCGACUCCGACUCCUCCUCCUCAUCCACCACCACCACCUCCCCAUCCCGCAUCAACCGCGACGUCCCCGGCGGCUUCCACGUCUCGUGCAGCGCGACUGCCACCUUCCGCGCGCGCCAGUACACGGCCGCCGACCUCCCCGACCCUUAUCCCGAGCGCGGGCUCGCGCCCUGGGCCGAGGCGCUGCGGCGGUCCGCGCUCGACGGGACCGGCAGCGCCGCGUACCCGGGCGGCUGGGACGGCGACGAGCUGCGCGGGGGCGAGCGGGUGCUGCUGCUGAUGGAGCUGACCGACGUGCCGCCGACUGUGCGCGCCUUUGUUGAGCACGACGGCGUCGACGGCUACUCGGGCCGGCGGUGGCACUUUGGCGUCCACGACAAGCCGGGCGCGCCCGAGGGGACGGCGGCCGCGGGGGACAAGGUCAUGAUAUUUGCGCCGGGGGCGCUGUAUGACAUCUUGCCGCUGUGGGUUGCCGACAGUAGCCGGUGUAGGAUACAACUGGUCGACCUCGAAAAGUACGUGACGCACGCGGCGCACAACCGCGUCAUCGCCUGGCCCAUGUCGCACUCAGACCCGGACCCGGCCAACAGGACCAUGACGUUCGAGAUCAAGGCCGCCCUGCUGCUCGAGACGGUGCAGGGGAGGCAGCACCGGGAGGCGUGGGAGAACGUACACCUGCAGGCCAGCAGGGCCGAGAGGCGGCUGCAGCGGCAGGAGAGGGAGGAGGGCAAGGGCCGGCAGAGGGUCCACGGGAACCACGACGAGCUGUGAUGGCGUUGGGUUUUUGUGCCGAGCUAUAAAGGCGUUGUGUGAUAUUACGGUGUUAGGAUUAUGCGGUGGUGAUAUGAGGAUGAACCAGCGAACUGGGAAGAUACAGUCUGGGUGGAAAAGAAGGAGUGUCAAGAAAAGCAACCCAAACGGCAACGGUUCGAAUGUCAAGGCCUCAUCGUCACCUAGGUUUCAAGGCAUUUAAUAUAACCAGGCAGACAAACAUCCUCAGACCCUCGGCGGCGAGUCCGUCAGCGGCACGUAGCGCACCCCAAACAGCUUGCGGCUCGAC